AUGCCUUUGAUCAGAACUCUACUUCUUGCUCUUUUUCUCCUCUAUCUUUCCCAUUUCACAACUGGAAAAAAACCAAACACAUCAUCUUCUUCAACUGACCUAGUCCACACAUCUUGUGUGCACGCCAGCUAUCCGACGAUUUGCGUCAGAACACUUUCCUCCUACUCAGGCUCAGCAAUCCACACACCUCAAGACUUAGCUCAAGCCGCCGUAAAAGUAAGCCUUUCUCGAGCCCAAAAAGCGUCAGAUUUCCUCUCCGAGUUGAAAGUUCAAAGCAAAAGAGAAAAAGGGGCAUUGAGUGAUUGUGUCGAACAGAUGGGGGACACAAUGGACGAGCUUAGCAAAACUCUAUCAGAACUCAAACAUUUGACAAAAUCAUCACGCCUCUUUUUAGCCGCCGAUUAUACUCACCGACACCGCUUUCACCAGCUCCACCGGCAAACAUAG